AUGGACUUGAUACACCGACUCGCCUUGCGUGCUCAAGAAUCAACCCCGGUGACUCCCAGUCAGGACACACAAGAGUCUGUUAUCAAAAUUUUGGAUUCCGUUCUUGCGACAGAGGAAUAUCCCUCUGAUCACGCACCUCCUCUGGAUAUCAUUGUCUAUGCGUUGAACAAUAUUCUCCGCCCUGCAUUCCUUCCAGAGCUUAUGUCUGACUUUCUCCAUCUUUUCACUAUGGUUGAAUUCUAUCGGAGAAGGGUGGUUGAAAAGGCUUCCCUGGCAAUUGAGAUGAACACAUUUUAUAGUGAUAAUUCGCAGGCAAAUGUUGUCCUUCUAGACGACGAAGACAAACGAAUCCUUAAGUCAUUUGUCGACGAACAGAAACAUGGGAGGAGAAUAUUUCUUAAAGUCAUCAAGGAGUGUUGUAUACAAGACUUGGAAAGGCUUUGGUUGAUGGACUCUAAUGUCGACUAUUGGGUUCGGUGUCACGAGUAUCUAUCGAUACGAGGCUCACCUGUUACAUUUCGAUUUGGUUUGACAGACAAAGAGUCUGAGGACUUCGAACGAGGUGUGAUUCUAAAACUCAAAGACUUUAUGUACUCGACUAUGCAGACCGGUGAACAACUCCCACGAAAAGGGUGGGUCGCUCGCUUUGGCUCUUUGAGAGUAUUUUGA